GAGAUAUCACACAGAGGGAGAGGCAUGAACACACGACACAAGAGUGUAGGAUUUUGAGCAGUGUAUCGCGGUCAACGUGACUUUAUGGGUGACAAAAUGGCCAUGUCACAGCUAGAAACUGAGGGAGGCUGUUCCUCAAAGUCGUUCAAGCUGUACUCCCCCAAGGAGCCCCCCAACGGUAGCACUUUCCCCCCCUUCCAUCCCGGCACCAUGCUGGACAGAGACGUGGGUCCAACCCCAAUGUAUCCUCCGACAUACCUGGAGCCAGGCAUAGGGAGGCACACACCAUAUGGCAACCAGACAGACUACAGAAUAUUUGAACUAAACAAACGGCUACAGAACUGGACAGAGGAGUGUGAUAACCUAUGGUGGGAUGCAUUUACUACAGAGUUUUUUGAAGAUGAUGCCAUGUUGACCAUUACUUUCUGUCUGGAAGAUGGGCCCAAGCGUUACACAAUUGGUCGGACGUUGAUUCCAAGAUAUUUUCGGAGUAUAUUUGAAGGUGGUGCCACUGAGCUCUACUAUGUCCUGAAACACCCCAAGGAAUCAUUUCACAACAACUUUGUCUCACUUGACUGUGAUCAGUGCACCAUGGUCUCUCAGAAUGGAAAGCCAAUGUUCACACAGGUGUGUGUUGAGGGGCGCUUGUACUUGGAGUUCAUGUUUGACGACAUGAUGAGGAUAAAAACGUGGCACUUUAGCAUCCGACAACAUCGUGAACUCAUCCCUCGCAGUAUACUGGCCAUGCAUGCCCAGGACCCACAGAUGCUUGACCAGCUGUCCAAAAAUAUUACAAGAUGUGGCCUGUCAAACUCUACUCUAAACUACCUCCGAUUGUGUGUGAUCCUGGAGCCCAUGCAGGAACUAAUGUCCAGACACAAGACGUACAGCCUCAGCCCCAGAGACUGCCUCAAGACCUGCCUCUUCCAGAAAUGGCAGCGAAUGGUGGCACCUCCGGCUGAGCCAUCCAGACAGGCCCCAAACAAACGACGGAAGCGUAAGAUGUCAGGUGGCAGCACCAUCAGCGGAGGAGGAGGAACUAACAAUAACAACAAUAACAAGAAGAAGAGUCCUGGCAGUGGUUUCCCUCUGUCCAGCCAGGUUCCAGAUGUGAUGGUGGUGGGAGAGCCUACACUGAUGGGAGGGGAGUUUGGUGACGAGGACGAGCGUUUGAUUACGCGGCUGGAGAACACCCAAUUUGACGCAGCCAACGGCAUCGACGACGAGGACAGCUUCAACAACUCCCCGGCUCUGGGAUCCAACUCGCCAUGGAACAACAAGGCGCCCUCUAGCCAGGAGAGCAAGAGCGACAACCCCACCUCGCAGGCAUCGCAAUAGAGUUUGGGCUCCUCCUUCACAACACAAUUCCCUCGCGCCCUCCUCUGAGCCUUCCCAAAGACAAUAGUCACGAGAGCAACAGGUUUCUUAGCAGACCCCCGACAUGCGUUUUGAGCUCGGACUCUUCCAACACGCGGUGCCUGGCGGAGCUCAGUUACACCUCCUGCCAGAGCUUCAUCAUGACGGUGUGACUUUCCGAAAUCAAGGCCUCAACCCCCUUCUGGUCCUUUUCCGCAUAUCAUACUCAAAAUGUCCUGUCUGUUCUUGCUAAUUUCAACUUUGGACAGUGACAUGAUAGUUCUGAUGAAGAAGACGUGGUGAUUGAACCCAGGAGAAAACUAAACCACACUUAACUCAAGAAUGCUACAAAGCAGUGGGGCAUGGCCAUGGUGGCAAGAUGCUUAGAGACAACUUGUCCACCAGCCUCUAAACGACUCAAUUCUGGACAGCUCUGAUGCAGCAAGGCACUAGAAAACUUUGUUGAUUAAGUAUUGGUGAGUGGGCAAGUGAGAGAGAGAGCGAGACGGACACACACAGUGAAGUGUGUGUGUGAGAAGUGUCUUUGACAAACUGAGCAGGCCAGAAUUUAGAGACGUCUUGCGAAAUUGUUGAAAUUGUCACACUUUUAGCGUGAGAUGCAACAAUU